UUAUUGGUGGUAACGCUGCCUAACAGAUCUUUUUCUUUGAGUAGUGCAUUUCAAUGCUCAUUAGAAAUCGCUGAUAAUAAAGCAAAAACAAACAAGCAAGAGAAAGAACAAUACAUAACAGCCAUUUUGAUUCACACUGCAGUCCAAUAGGUGGCAGUGUGGGUGACACCUGAACGCUGUUUGCCAACUAUUAUAAAAAAAUCAAGGGAAGAAGAGUUUGAAGGGGGGAAAAAAGGAGAAGAGGAGGAAGAAGAAGAAGACGACGCUGCUUUUGAUAAAAAUGCAGGUGUUAUACUUGUGAGCAGCAACAGUUUAACGUUAUCUAAAUUGAGGUGUCGCACAGUGACUGAGAAUGUAUUUGAAUUUGUCCAAAUUUAAAAACAGGUCUCUUUUAGCUCGUUAGAAAUCGAUCUAGCAUUGAUACUUUAGGGCUUGUUUCAACUUGUCUGUGCGACAGUACAACUUAUACUAGCGCCUGCUAACGGUAGCUGUGUUGCUGGUAGCGCUGGCUAACGGGUCUAAGUCAUAGCCGCGAGGUAUGUGUGGACUUUUUAAAUAGCAAAGCUUUUGAACAGCAGUGGUGAUUUUAGAUUUAGUGUAGGUGCCUAACGCAGUUAGGAAGGACUGUCUGUUUCCGGCACGCGGGAAAAUAUCGGCAGACUGCAGCGAGGAAAGUGGCCUGUAAGUUUCCUCACUGAUUGGGGAGGGCGGUGAUACCAUGCGGAAGUCACAUGAACGACAAGGAUGAGGUAUAAACAACAAGGGGACCGUCUGAGGAGACAGCCUGCUGCACAGUGUCUUGCAUAGGGAGGGGGUCUGCUGCUUGUAAAGGCCCUGCACAAGCAGCCACCUGCAUCUCUCUUUGCAAUGAACAGCACUACUCAGUCCCCUGCCAUCCCAAAUGGAGAUGUGGCAGUCAGCUAUGUGUUGGUGCCAUUUCUCCUCAUCACCGUCAUUGGAAUAGCUGCAGCUGUGGUCAUGUAUAUCCGUAAGAAAAAGAGAAUCGAGAGGCUACGUCAUCAGCUGUUACCUGUUUACACAUACGAUCCUUCUGAGGAGCUUACUGAUGUCGAACAGGAAAUGUUGUGGAGAGAAGAUGACAUGAGGAUUGUGCCAGGUUGGGCGGGAGGUUAUCAACAGCAACGCCCUCUUCUGUCCAAAGAUGUCAAUGCAUGAUGAUACUAAACCAAGGCUGAGAUCCAUCUAGUUUGAAGACAUGCAUAUGACUUUUUGUUUUCAUUGCUACUGUUUGCAAUUAUGUUUGAGAACCUCAAGAUUUCCCUCUUUUCCUGUUUUACAUACAGAAUGACUGUUCAUUUGCAAGGUUCUGAUGCCAGUCCCAUGCGCUAGAUUACCUUAAACAUAUUUAUUUGAAAUUAUUUAUUCAAACUUUGUUUUUUUUACUGUGGUAUUCAGUGUUGUUAUGACUCAAAGUAAAGAAAGGUGCAAUGUAAACUUCAGAUACAGACUCUUGCAGGUUUACUCUGUUGUUUAUAAUGUUGCGGGCACCAUGUGGCAGGCAGUUAUGUUCCUGUGGGUUGCAGUAGGCAGUAGGCAUAACUGUAAUUUAGGGGCUGUGGUAAGAGCAUGAACGUUCUGCACAAUUUAAAUAUCAUCAGUCCUGCUGUGACAGGGUUUGUGCGCAUGGCCUGGACUGGCUGGUGUAUAGAGGAAGGGUGCAGUGUAUUAAAAACAAAUAUGGUUUCUUUGAUGCAAUGUUUGAGCUACUGCAGUACCACUUCCAGACUUGUAUUGAUAAUGUUAGAAUUGGCUGUUAAAGUUAGGUUGGGUAUGAUAACUUUGAUUUCAGUUUCAUUCUGAGUCGAAAGGUUGAACAUUCCCUCUUUGGUUUUAAUUUACUCACAAACGCGGCCGGAUCUUUUCUGUGGUUUAGCCAAAUCCUCUGACUCUUAUCAAUGGCAUGAGAAGCCUGAUAUGGAGUUAAAUAACACCGGCCUCCUCUCAUCCACAAAAUGAGUGGUGACUAGUGUCCUAAAUAUGUCCUGUCAACACGGCAUGGCACCAGCACUCAUUUACAUCCAGCUGAAGAAUCUUGUCAUGAAUGCCAUAGGUCUGACUGUAUCACGCACUCAGGAAACCUCGUUUUUUUUCCUUGAUGAAUCAGCACUCAGUCCAGUGAUUCAUGUAUUAUAACUUGUGAUAUGAUCAGGUGUGACAGCUGGUGGUGCUUCAGAAAGAGUUUGUACAUAGGUGAUGUUUCUGUGGCCAGGACCCAAAAACAUCUUGAUCCCACAACAUGCUCCUAGCUGCUCCCCGGCCAUUCUUGCAUCUCCUUGCUUAUUUUUCUUAUGCAUCAUUUAGAUAUUUUUAAUUUGUGAAAACUACUGAAAUGGGACAUUCACAAAACUUUACUAAUGUUUCAUCAUGUGACAUUUACACUGGUGAACCUGUGGAAGACUACUGAUGUAAAUGUGAGGAAAUUUUACUGUUUUGAGGAAAGGUUGAUAAAGCUGUUGACUGAAGCAAAGCUGGAAGUUGUAACUUUGUGCAAUGGGCUGCAUUUAAAGUGUAUGGAAAAUGUACACAAACAAAUCUUGGAUUUAUCGGUUUUCUUAGCUAAAUUUCCUUGUACCCUGCAAACAAAUUUAGAACUGCCUCAGACCAUGCACAUACUAUGAAGGCUCAUCUGUCUUAGAAAAAUGUACAAACACCUUUUAACUAAAUGCAUGGCCUGUUAAGACUUUAAUAGUUAAUGCGGUUACCUGUUUAAUAACAAGGCAUUAUCCAUUAAUUUACUAAUGCACUGGCCAAAUGUAGAUUAAAUAAUGAAAUUAAUGUCCUGUCAUGCUCAUCACUUGCUGUCAUAAUAAAAAAUAUUCAACAAUC